GGUCCGUGUUGCGUUCAGCUGCUGGUCCUGGAAACAGCUGUUACUUAAAUGUUACCUGUGCCUGGAGCUUUAAGACACAGGGCAGCAUCAUAUACUUACUGGUGAUGAUGAAGCUGAUGGGGAGAUUGCACUUUUUACAAUAAAAGCCGGAAUGGAUUGGAGGAAGGGAGUCGAUUUAAAGCUGCAUUGAAGUCGGAAUACACAGUGGAUUCACGUUUGCUAACUCCAUGAGGACGCAGACGAACGCCUCUUUGUAGUAUUGAUGGACGGAACUAGAGAUUGCAGCCCCCAGACUGGAGCAGCAGAGCCCUUCUUGCUGGCAAAGCUUAUACCUAACAGAUCGCAUGAAUUAGAUUGGACAUCUGGCUGUGAGACUUGGGGUGUGGCAUUUUCACCUGAUGGCUCAUACUUUGCAUGGUCACAAGGACACAAUAUUGUGAAAUUGGUUCCCUGGCCACUUGAAGAUCACAAAAUAAAUUCUAAAAGUACACAUCAUCUUAAAGCAGAUGAAAGCUCAGAGGGCCAGUGUGGAGAAAAGCUAAUUGAUUGUGGUCAGACUGUGUGGGGAUUAUCAUUUGGAGCGUCUCCAUCUAAUAAUAGAAAGCAGUCAUCGGAGAACCAACACACAUCCAAACUUCAGUCUUCUGACACAAUUCUUGCUACUGGUCUCACGAAUGGUGAAAUCAAGUUGUGGAAAGUGCCUGCUGCUCAUCUUCUCCACUAUUUGAAGGGGCAUCAGUCUGUAGUGAGAUCAUUUGCUUUUAUCACCAAUGAAGACUUCAUGUUGGUUUCUGCAUCCCGCGACAGAACUCUGCGUGUAUGGGAUCUAAAACAGAAUGGUAAACUACUGCAUGUAUUAAAUGGCCAUAACCAAUGGGUUUAUUGUUGUGCUGUCUCCCCUGAUUCGACAAUGCUUUGCUCUGUAGGAGGGGGAAGAAUGGUAUUGCUUUGGAGCACAGUAACCUAUACAGUGCUUCGGAAACUAGAAGGACAUGGAGGUGAUGUUGUAUCAUGUGAAUAUUCCCCCAAUGGAGCAUUACUAGCUACUGCAUCUUACGACACCUAUGUAAUUGUAUGGGACCCAUACACUGGAGAAAGCCUGAUGAAGCUGAGGCAUUGUUCCCCACUGGCUUCUCUGGAUGUUGAUGAAGGCUUUCGGACCGGAUUUGUACGAGCAGUCUCCUUCUCCCAGCAGGGACUAAAUGUUACCUCCGUAGCAGAUGAUGGAUUGCUGAGAAUUUGGUGCUUGGAUUUACAAAGGCCAGUAUAUGUUGCUCCUCUGACCAAUGGACUCUGUUGUACAUUCUCUCCACAUGGUAGUGUGUUGGCUACAGGGACAAGAGAUGGUCAUGUUACAUUCUGGACCGUAUCUAAGGUGCUGCCAACUCUGCAACACAUUUGCCGCAAUGCUGUGCGCCACAUGAUGACGACCCACCAAGUUAUGCUGUUGUCAGUUCCAAAGAAGAUUAAACAGUUUUUGAUUUAUAAGUUCUAGCUCUCACUUGCAGAGGUAAAGUAACAGGAUCAAUGGGAACCCUUACCUUAUAAGUAAUAGAUAAUGAAUAAUAUUUUAACCAAGAUUUAUUUAAAUGAAUAUUGUAUUUGAUUUUUUAAAAAAAUGUACAUCUAGUUUCCAAAAAUAAUUGUCACCAAAAAAGAGCCUUUUUCCAUUAUAAAACUUAUUACAUUCAAUGUCAAAAAAAGUCCUCCUCUACCAGAUCAAUCUUUUGCACACUACUGGAACUUUCCACAUUGUGAAGUUAUGUGACUGAUCAAAAGUAUAAUCUUUGUUCUGAAUGUGGAGAUCUACUGCCUUCAAAAAGAUGUAGACCAGAUUGAAGGUUAAAAAUGUCAUUUAUGAAACUAAGUAUUUCAAGAUGCAAGCCCCACAAGUAUGGUUUUUUUUUGAUCUCCAGUUUAGUUUGUAAAUUUAUGGCUUAAAAUUGCACAAAGAUGGAUAAUCAUUUAUUGAUCUAUCUAGACACUCCGCACGGUUUCAUAAGUGUUCCUUUAGAAUUUUUAUCCUCAGAUUAAUGGAUUUAAUUAUUUAAAUUUAAUUUAAUUUAGUCUGGGGAAAGUGUUUAA